AUGGGUUCAAUGAUCCGGAUCUUGGUUCUCCACUGGCCCUGUGUCCUGUCACUCAUUCCUGCCCUUCACCUCUAUGAGGACACAUUCAUAAAGCUCCACACGCUCAGCGAUACUUUCCUCUUUGAGCUUAAGAAAUCCACUGCUGGACUUGUACGUUUUUCCAUGGCCGAAAACAAGCCGUACCGCUAUGGGCUCAUCAUUCUGGGGAUGGCGUUCAUGGCGUUGGGUCUGUUCAUGAUGUCUGUAGAGAAGCCACAGGUGUUUGCCACGUUCUGUGCUGCGGGAGUGAUAAUGGUGGUCAUUGGGUCUGUCUGGUCGGUGUGUCAGUGUUACCCCAGGGUAACUGUUAUACUGCCAGAUAAGGAAGAUCUCUGUGGGGCUGAAAAACAGGACUUAAGUGCUGGAAGUUCAGACGUUAAAAGUCCAACGAAAUUAAUAAGAGCUCCCCUGGCUGGGUUCAGCGAUGAUGAAGUAGAAAUAUCAGCAGAUCCAAAACGCCACACGGAGAAGAAACCUGGUGACCAUGUCACCGUCCUCCACACAUGUCGAAGCUCUCCCAGUGUUCUGGCCUGCUCCAGCUCUCCACCGAUGGACAGAAGAUCUCCACGACCAGACCCCAGCAGAGACAUGUACUAUGGGAAAGUGGAGGACUCCUGUUUCUACACAUCUGAGCUGGAGAGUGAAUAACUACUGCUGAUCCUAAUGGCCAAAUCACCCUCUACAUCUGACAUAAAAGAUUUGACAUGUAGUCGUACAUAUUUUAAAUAACUUGUAAAACAACAAAACAGCUAUUAAUGUAAUUCCUGUGCCAUCACGUUUUACAUUAGGCUGAUACAGUAAGUGUGUGAAUGUCACAAUGUCUGGCCAUGACUUUGUCAACAGCAUGAUAAUAGAAUUGUUCAACCAUCAGGGAAACGAAGCUGGGAAAGUUUAAGCAUUAGGUGAUGAAAUACUUGUGACCUUGCCUCAUGUCACCAUGCAGCCCAGAGGACACUGAAAGAGCCCGGUGUGAAGUUUUUAUAUGUGUUUGUGGUGCUCUAUUCCUUUACAUCUGAGACAGCACAAUAAUUAUAAUUAUAGUUUAUAGGUUUAUAGACUAUUUAAAUGUAUUAUUUGAAAAAUUCUAUUAGUUUAAUGUGUAAAGUGAUUAAUUGUUGAGUGAGUUGUAGAUAUUGUAAAUCAUGGGAAAAUGCAUGUUGCAAUACUAUAAAUCUUGGCCACAAAUGAUAUAAAUGCUCACACUCAUUUGUUUUUCUGUCAGGGUGGGGACUUUCCAUUUUAAGGGUUCCAUUUGUGCCAAAAAGGAGUCAACUGCUUUGUACAAUACAUUUGUUUAUGUCUUUGCUGUUGUUUCAUUUGUGUUAUCUACUUGUGUCAUCCUCCCUGUCAUGCACUCAGCUCUGUUUUAUGCUUUAUACAGUAAGUUACUGCUGUCAGCGAACAAUCUGUAUUUUUAGAGUUAUCCAAUUUAACAAAUAUGUUUUGAUACUUUUUCCACUAUAGAGCUUUUACAAUCUUUCUAACACUCUGACAAAUUAUGAAGACAAAAGGACUAUACUGUAGAUUCGCUCAAGUUUAUAGAACUAAAAUAUAAAUGCAUCUAGAAUUUUAGAAAACUUAUUGAACAAAUUUACAUGUUCUGUUUAUUUAGAUUAUGAAAAAUAACCGUGCUUCACGAUGCCACAGAUAAAAGAUCCUUUUUUGUCUAACUGGUUUCAUAAAGAUUCUUUAACAUCUGAAGAACCUUUCUGUUUCACAAAGGUUAUUUGUGUUCUUCCAAUUUUAAAAAGUUAAGUACCUUUGACUGAAUGUAGUUUUUGACUCAAUGCCAUAUCAAUUGAAUUCUGCUUACUGAAUGUACUGAGCUACUGGUAUUUUCUAUCCUCUUACCCUAAAUAUGAACUUCACCAAACUUUUAGCAUUUUUACACACUCAUACGGAUAUAUUUUAUGAAUGAGGCAGAUCACUUUAAAUAAAUAAAUUUAAAAUACCUACCUACCUACCUACCUCAUUUAUAUAAUAAAAGAAUAAAACUUCAUUUCUGCAAUUUGAUUCCUACAGUAUGCAAAACCUAACACACACACACUCAGGUGUAAACAUUCAGUCUCUGUUAAAAAGCAGAUACAUUAAUCAAGCAUUAUGCCAAAGGCUCUGGCAUAUGAUUUGCAUAAUCAGAUCGUUUACAAACAGCUGUAACACGUCAUAUGACACCGAAUGACAACGUCAUCGCUGCCUCAGUAAAGGUUUACCUGUACUUUUGACAGCACUUGAUUCUUGCAUUAUUUACACCAAUAAAGCAGGUUACAUAACUAAUAAAAAAAUUAUGUAAUAAUUAUUGUAAUA